AUGGCUCGACUGAGCGUAAUAGCCGGAAUUGUCACGUCCGUCAAACAUGGUUGGACGAAGCCGGAGGAGCAGAUGGUCCAUGAUGCCUCCGAGAAUCUCACAAGGACCUGCCCCCUUUUGAAAGAAAGCGAGUUCAGCUUCUCGGCUGUAAGCAACUGCAGUGUGGCGCUCCAGCGGGGAUUCUACUUCUCCCUUCGAAUGCCCGACUGGGCGAGGGACUUCAAGGAGCAGACCCAGAAGAUCCUAGGCCAUAGUUUUGAGGUCCCAAUGCUAAACCCUAAAAGCGGAAAAGAUUCGAAGCUCUCAAAGUACUACGGAGAUAAACGCUCUGAACGUUAUGGGGUAAUCUUUUCAGAGACUGCUACUGGCAAUUUCUUUGGAGAUAUUCCUCGAGAGAUGCAAGUUCCUCCUGGUCAAACCAAGUCUACCCGCCCAGUGCGAUCACCCAAGAUCAAGGACGACCUAACAUGCGGCAAAAAAGUGUCAUCUUAAAAACUCAGACAUCGGCUGUCACAA